AUGGCCGAAGAAACAGAAUCUUCAAAAGCACAAGAAGAAUCCGGCCAGCAGCCCGAAAGUCCCAACGACGACAAUGUGUUGGACGAGCAAGCUGUUGCUGCACUCUUGAAGGAGAUAGAAGAUCCGCGGCCGUCGAGAAUGGACCUUGCUAAAGUUGUACCAAUAGAGCGAGUCAAAUUCGAGCUAGAGCCCAUGGACAUGCUACUUGAGUCAUGUCUCGGCUUAAUGCUCGCUCAGAUAGGAAUACAACAUAUUACGCGAUCGGCUCUAAACCAGCUCACUCUUCUUGCUAUCAGACACAUUGACCAAGUAUACUCGCAACUCCACAGAAUUACGGAGGUGCAGCGCAGACGACAGCCGGGGAAGGCCGAUUUGAGGACGCUUGAAAAGUUGGGUGUAAUUGACUACAACUCCAUCUACGAGGCUUAUUUGUUGACGAAAAAGCUAGACUGCCAGAAGUUACAAAAUAUUAAUCGCAGAGCACGCAGGUUGUGCGAGAUUCUCGAUAAGCCCGCAGAGGACGAGAUUGUGACCGAGCAGGAUCCGGCAUUUGUGUUUUUCAACGACACUUCCUCUGUAAUAUCGCAGGUGAUUCCGCCCAGCGUGGGUCCAAAAGAGUACAUCCCGAGCUGGAUGCCACCGCUCCCACCAGAUCACACCUACCGUGCUACUCCGAAGUACACUGCUGUGAUUGAGGAUCCAAUCAAGAUGCGCGAACAGCUGGUCCAGGAGGCCAGACUUGGAGAGAAGGCUUUGCAUCACAUUUUGGACCUCAAGGACAACGUUGUUCCUGUCGAGAAAGGAGAGAGUGAGCCUGAGCUAGACACAGAUGUGAGUUCUGAAGCUGAGCAGAAGGAGGUGCAAGAAAACGAAGAGCCAGAGUUGCGAGAAGGCAAGUUUGACAUUGUUGCGUUGGCAACAAAACGGCUUGCAGCCCUUGAGAGACGGAGGCAGGAGAAAGAGAAAAAGUACAAAGAGCGUGUCGAGUCGCAGGAGGCCGUUCUGGGGCGGGUUCUUGGGUUCUACACAAAAUCGAGCGGGUACCCUGAGGAAUUCAACAACUACAUUAGAACCAUCUACGACCAAACGUACGACCAAGUGGUCAGUGGACUCAGGACCCAGCAAAAGAGGCGGAUAAAACAAGUCCAGCAAGAAAAAGAGAGACGCGAGCGCAUGCAAGAAGAGAUUCGCAUUCCGGAAUUUGGCAGCGACGUUCACGAGGAAGCCGAUUUUGAUAUUGAUGACUUUGAGCUUGACGAGAUCAUGCAAGACGUGGAAAAGGAGCAGAGCGAGUCCAAAGAUGACGCCGUGGCUGAACAAUCUGCCACGCCUGUUGAGUCCACCAGGUCAGAACCUGCCAUUGAAGAUUCUCCGUCGGUGGUACCAGACCCUGCGGUGGAUGCGAUUUCGGACGAGGACGUUGAUAUGGACCUUUUUGAAUAA